GUCUUUGGAAGAUAUUUGUACUUACUGUGGCCGAGUAAUCCGCAACUGUGCCAAGAUAUCUAUUGAGAACCUCAACAUCAGCUGCCAUGAAUACUGCUUCAAAUGCGGAAUCUGCCACAAGCCAAUGGGAAAUCUCUUGGAUCAAAUCUUCAUUCAUCGGGAUAUUGUCCACUGUGAUAAGUGCUACGAGAAGCUCUUUUAGGUUCCAUGGACUGGACCAGCCUGCCCAAAGAGAGAGAUAUCUGCCUUCAUCUGUGUUCCUGGGGUUUUCUGAGGACUCUUUGAUCCAGCAAGCAUCUUCUUCCCCAGCCAUUCCUCCUUCCUCAUCUUCAGGCAGGCCAAGUGACUCACAUUCAACAACACUGAAGUUAACUCAUUGAGGAUGCUACAUCAGGAAGAGGAUGUAUUCUGCCCCAGUUUCAACUGGCUGCAUUUGGGGAGUCCUCCUCAGUCUUGGUUGCUCAUCCAAAAGUCCUUCUGUCCUUCCUUCCAUGAAGGCACCUUGGAUAUCUUCAUUCAACUUGACCACCAUUCAACUUGAUGAAAGAAGGCUUUAUACCAGGAACGAGAGGAAGCACGAUUAUCUAUCUUUAAAAAAAAAAAAAAAGAGGGAGGGAGGGAGGUUGAAUCAUUCUUAUCAGGAACGCUUCUUAAUCAAUUUACCCAUGGGAAGUCUUUUAGCCACAGCUAGGAAAUGUUCAAUUCCAAAACAUGUUCCUUGAAUGCAAAGGGUUUUAAAUGAAUACACAAAAUGUUUUGAUUCCAAAUGCAUCAGGCACAAAACACUAUUUUUUCCAGGAAUUUCGGGAGUUUUUUGAGCUUGAAACACUCCAGAAUUGUUUGAAGUAAGAAUUUUAAUGUUUUGACCACCUCUUAAGUUUGGCUUCUGGCAUUCCUAGGAAUGUUUUGAUUUUGAAAGGCCACGCAUCAGGCAUGGAGGUUAUGUCUUCUGCAGUUUUUUUACCAUGGGCUGAGGCUGAUGGGGUUUGAAAUCCAAAGCACCAGGAGAGUCACUACUUUGUUUAUUCUUGUUUUACCCAGAGAAGAAAUUAUUGAGUGAACUCAGUUUUUCAAACGUGGCAAAACUUUAAGAUGUGUGGAAUUCAACUCUAGCAUGGAAUUCUGGGAGUUGAAGUUCACACAUUUUAAAGUUCCCGUUUGCAAAACAUUGAAUUAAAUGGUCCAAUUGUCCUAUUCAGUAUCAAGCAGCUUCUUCUAUCUACCGCUGUUAUAUUUUCCCCCUCCCAUCAUAAUUGUGGGGAAUAAUUAUUGUAUAAAUACCAUUGAUUCUGUUUGAGAUUAUACAUUCUUCAUUGUUGGGAAA